AUUGAAGUACUGCGAGCUGAUCAAAGGUAGCAGACACCUGCGUCCAGCACGCUGUGUGGCUGAGUCGUCAAAGUUUCUGCAACGUCGAUGAAUUGACACGGAAUACAAUAACUAAUGUCUAAGUGGCUGAAGGAUGACGAAGUGCUGGUGGGUCAAGGCAGCGGUGAGGCUGCACCAGUGAGCCCCAGACUGCGAGGCUCAUCAGCUGGGAGAUCCAGACUGCGAGGCCUAUCAGCUGGGAGCUCCAGCCUGGGUGUUUGUAGUCCACUUGCUUCCCCCAGAACUGGAGAAGCAGGUUCAGGAAGCCCGAAGGCAGAGACCAUGGGCAAGGCCAAAGAGCUGUUUUUGCUGUGUGACAAACAGGGGAAGGGCUUCAUCACAAAGUCGGACAUGCAGAGGCUGCAGGUGGAGUUGUCACUGUCCCCUGAACAGCUGGAGACGGUGUUUGAUAGUCUGGACCGAGAGAGCAACGGAUUCCUCACUCCUGUCGAGUUCAACACAGGACUCGGUGAGUUGGUGGGGCUGGAGGACACGACUGAACCAAGUCAAAAUGAAUCGGAAGAUACGGACCAGAUAGACUACUCCCAGGACGCACUUGCAGUCCGAUUUAUAAACAUACUGAUGGAGCUGGGAGCGGACACACUUUUUAAGGAUCAGCAGGAGCUCUCGUCUCUGUGGUGUGAACUCCAGAGAGACAAACCGGAGCUGCUGAGUGCCCUGGACGGCGUCCUGAUCCACGCAGUGUCUCAUUUACAGGACUCCUUCAGAGAGAGAGACGGUCUGGAACAAGCUCUACGCAGGCGGGAGAGUGAACAUGAUGAGGUGGUUCGGUCCAUAUAUGAAGAAAUGGAAAACCAAAUCCGAGAGGAGAGAGAGACACGUCUGGCUCAGGACAGUAUUGGACAGAAGCAGAGAGGAAGACAACUUGAGGAGCUGAAGCUGCGUGAGCAAGAGCUGGAGAACACACUGAGCAAACAGAGAGAGCUGGAAACCAGAAUCCGGCAGCUAAGCUGUGAACAGUCAAACAUCAAGGAGCAGAACCAGCAGCUGCGGAGCCUCAACUUCCAGCUACAGGAGCAGGUGGAGAGCAGCAGAGAGCAGCUGCAGGCCGCUCUGGCUCAGCUCAGCCUGCUGCAGGCCCAGGAACAAGUGGCCACGCAGAGAAACGUGAUGAAGGUGUCAAGGAACAUGCAGAAAGAGAAGGACAGUCUCUUUAGACAACUGGAGCUCUUGAGGGAUAUGAACAAAAGGCUGCGAGAUGAGAAGGAUGUCCAACAGUCUCAGAAGAGGAAUCCAAAUGUCACAACGCCUUUGCAGAAGAAAGGGUCAAUUAUAGGUAACUACGUACUGCAAGACAAGCUACUGAAAAGACUGCUGAGCUCAUCUGAGUUGGAACAGGACAAAGACUCAGAGGUCACAAACUUAUCCAAGAGACGCCAACCGCCACGUAGAGUCGGGUGUGAACAUGUUGAACAGGUGCAAACUCAGAGAGCACCUGUCCGUCCUCAGCGAGUGUUCAAGGUGGUCUUCCUGGGUGACUCCGGCGCUGGUAAGAGCUCCUUCAUCCAGCAGUACUGCACUGGACACUUCUACAGUAAAAUGAACGCUACUGUCGGUAUCGAUUUCCAGAUGAAGACUUUAACUCUGGGCUCCACCAUCAUCACCCUCCAGCUGUGGGACACUGCAGGACAAGAGAGGUUUCGCAGCAUAACUGAGCAGUACUACCGCCAAGCUGACGGUAUCCUUGCCAUGUAUGACAUAACUAAAUCCUCCUCCUUCGCUGCUGUGAGAGCCUGGAUGGACUCUGUGAAGGAGAAGAUGUGUGACGGCGCGGUGCUGAUGCUGCUGGCCAACAAGCUGGAUCUGGCAGGCGAUCACCGCAGAGAAGUGAAAACAGGGGAAGGGCAGAGACUCGCAGAUCAGCACCAAGCUUUGUUUUACGAGUGCAGUGCAAAAACUGGACGUAAUGUGGAGGAGCUGAUGACUUAUCUAGCUGGGAUGUUAGUCUCCCAGCAUGAUCGUCAAUGUGAAGAUGCACUUUUACUGACGGAGGGCACGGCCACGAGAGGCUGCUGCACAUGAACGAACGCAGGACCAAGAGGCUUUCGGCUCCCAGCCCCGAGUCCUAAGAUCACUCAGAUCUUUUGAAGACACACAAAUCUGCAUUGUUCUGAGAA